AUGGACGACUCCAAAAGAAGGGAGCGGUCAGAAGGAAUUAUUCGAGUUAGAGGAAUUAAUUGCGUCAGUCCCUUGUUUGUUGUUGUGAGAGUCGGACAACGCCGCGGUGUCCCAGGAUUCUUCGAGUCACAAAACAAGUUCGGGGGGUUUGUUGACAGCAGCCUGAAGACGACUGCCAUGUUCACAAGAUUAAAAAAGUUAGUCGGGGCUCCUGAGCCCCCGGCAGCCCAGGCUGCUCCUGAGCCAUCUCCGGCCAUUCCACCAGCUAAGCCUCUUGAAACAAAGCAAGAGACCACGCAACCAAAGGAGGAUGUGAAGCAAGAGGAGGAAAGGAAAGAAGAACCAACAAAAGGAGAGAACAAACAAGUUGAAGAAAAGAAAGAGGAAGAAACCAAGAAAGAACAGCCAAAGUCAGGUCCUGCUUCAGCUGCUCCAGCAGCUCCUGUAGAUGCUGUCAGUCCAGAGGGAGCAGGAGGUGAAGCGAAUGCAGCAUCACCUCCUCCACCUCCUGUUGUUUACUUCCGUUACACAGACGAAACUCUCAGAUGGUUGGUCAAGACGAUGAGGGAGCGAACGGAGACACUCAAAGAGAAAGUCAUUGAUCCAUAUGCCAGCUCUCCAGAAAUCAGUCCACCUGUCACUCCCAUCCUGAAGAAGGAGGAAUACUACAGACUGAAGGAAGAGGAGCGAAUAGCAAAAGAAGAAGCGGAAAAGAAGAAGGCGGAGGAGGCUGCCAAAAAGGCAGAGGAGAAGAAAAAGAAGGAUGAGGAGAAGAGGCUGGAGGCAGAGAAAAAAGCAGAAGAGGAAAGAUUGGCAGAGGAGGCCAGGAAGAAAGGCAAGCGCCUCCCAGGUGUCGUCUUUUCCUACUUGGACACCCUCUUCCGGCCUAUAGAAGAAAAGCUGGAUAAAGUACUGGGAUGCACCAUAGACCCGUUUACUGAUCGCCGUUACAUCGCUUGGUUGGCCAUUGUAGCAGUGGCAUACAACUACAAUAUUUGGUUUUGCUCCGCCCGCUUGGCUUUCCCCUUCCAUAACGACACGGCAAACCGAUACUGGAUAGUUUUUGACAUCCUGAGCGACCUAGUGAAUUUUGUAGACAUCAUGGUUUGGCAGCCUCGGCUUCAGUUUGUCAAAACUGGGGAUAUUAUUAAAGACAGGGCCAUGACAAAAGAACAUUAUCGGAAAUCGACUCGAUUUAAGACUGACAUCAUCUCCAUCCUCCCCUUUGACCUUCUCUGCCUACACUUUCAAUUCUCUACCAUUUACAGACUCAACCGCUUCAUGAGGAUUGAGUCGUUCUUUGAAUUUAGUGAUCGACUUGAAAGCAUCAUGGCCAAAGCCUACAUCUGGAGAGUGGCUCGGACCACAGGCUACCUGCUCUACAGCCUCCAUCUCAAUGCGUGUGCUUUCUACGUUGCCUCCGUCCACCAGGGCCUUAACACCACUACAUGGGUCUACAACGGAAAGGGGAUUGCGUACAUACGCUGCUAUUACUUUGCAGUGCGCAGCCUGAUCAACAUCGGUGGGCUACCAGAGCCUACAACCAUCUUUGAGAUUGCCUUCCAAAUGACCAACUUUUUCCUUGGUGUCUUUGUGUUCUCCAGCCUGAUUGGGCAGAUGAGAGAUGUCAUUGGAGCAGCAACGGCAGGUCAGACGUAUUUUCGGGCAUCCAUGGAUGGCUGUGUAUCUUACAUGAACACCUACACGAUUCCAAAGUAUGUCCAGAACAGAAUAAGGACCUGGUACAACUACACCUGGGCUGCUCAGGGCAUGCUUGAUGAGUCCGAGCUGCUGGAUAAGAUGCCUCUUGUGAUGAGAACCGCCAUUGCUGUGGACAUAAACCUGGCUACCUUCCAGAAGAUUGCUCUCUUUCAGGGCUGUGACCAGCAGAUGUUGGUGGACAUGCUACUGAGGCUCAAAUCUAUUGUCUUUCUUCCUGGAGAUUUUGUCGUGAAGAAAGGCGACAUCGGUAAAGAGAUGUAUAUCAUCAAAAGUGGAGCGGUGCAGGUAGUGGGAGGACCUGAUAACAGUAUAGUGUUUGUCACACUCAAGGCUGGCUCUGUGUUUGGAGAGAUCAGUCUACUGCAGUCUGCCAAAGAUGGAGGCAACAGACGGACGGCAAAUGUAAAAGCGUAUGGCUUCGCUAACCUCUUUGUUUUGGAGAAGAAGGAUUUGUUUGAUAUCCUGGUGCACUACCCUGAGUCUCAAAAGGUUCUGGCCAGGAAGGGAAGGAAACUGACCAAGGCCAAAGCUCCCACAGGUGUUAAAGAUGAGGAAAAGCCAAAAGGUCUGGCUCUUUUUGGUCCAAAACCACCAACACCAAAGAUUAUGAAAGCAUUUGCCAACUUGCACAAACUCAAGAAACAAACGCAGAACCAGUGAAACAGACUGGGAAGAGGUUCAACUGAAUGUGGACUGGCAUCAAAUGAUUACAGACAUGAUAAUUAACAUAUUGGAUUUUUUAAUUUUUGUGUAUUUUGG